AUGGCGACCAUCACUGAAGAGCCGAUAGUGGCAAUCCCGGUCGAUACUCCUACGAAGAAUUCGAGCCACGACUCCGCUGUGGAGUUGUUGAAAGAGUUGCAGGACCUUCGCGCGAGAAUUCAAAGUCUCGAACAAAGCAAUGCUAAGAUAACCGAGAAAGCUGCAAACGAUAAGGGUGAUAACGACCACAGUCGUGAUGACUCUACAUCCAGCGAUGCAGAGGACGAAGAACCCAAGCAUUACCCUUGUGAUGACUCCGAUGAUGUUAUUAUGGAUCUCCGUUACGUGAAAUGGAAUGAGUUCAAGACGAUGUACGCCGAGGAAAAACGUCAUGUCAUCGACGUCUUGGAAGGCCCUGCGCAGUACUGCUGGCAACAAACCGAAAGAAUCAUCCGUCGCUUCGGUGACUUUGCCCUGAUCAGGGGUGAGGAGGGCGAAAAUACAUCAGAAGGAGACCCAAAGCCCAAAACAGAUACCGGUGGCGCCGAAGACGAUCUCCCAGAGCGUAUUCGAAUUAACUCCAGUCUUCUAGCGUCCCUUCUGAAGGAUAUUGUUUCCCGAAUUGAUCAGUCUGCCCCGUUUGUCGUGUUACGCCCAUACAAAAUACUCGUCGGAUACGACCAGGAGAUACGCGAGCGGCAUCGACAGCUCGCAGCUAAAUGGCGAAUAGGGAGUGGGCAUGAGGAGCUCGAUGACCCUACACUUCUAGAGCCAGGUAAAGAGCCAAUUGAUUCUCGUCAAGCCUUUCGCGCACUCGACUGCCUUGUCAGUUUCAUGGAUCGUCAUCUCAGUCCGGUAAUAAGCCGUCAUCGUGCUCUACUAGAUAACUUCGCUCCAAGCCCAUCGACACUUGACCCAACAAUCUCUUUCAGCAAUCUAUGGUACCUAUUCCACCCAGGUAUGCAGGUGGCUUGUUGGUUCACUCCGGAGCAAAGUGCACCACAUGUCCAGCCAACCAAUCGUCCAAGUAUUUGGAAAGUACUGCAGGUCUCUGAAGGACGACCAGUCUUGAACUCCAACUACUCUGGAAGGGUUAAUCAUUUUAUCAUUCGACUUUAUAAGAUUGGAUAUGAUGGGGAGCGGUUCGGUGUGCUUUCACGAGACUUCCAUCUUCCUCACUUCAGUGGAGAGCGCUCGAUUCGGUCUUUGGGGAUAGUCCCGACUCGAUUUGUGGACGACUACCAAGCGCUGCGCGAUAAGUUGUUGAAGCAAGGCGAGCUCUUUGCUACUUUCGCCACCCCACAACAUCGUUUCUAUUCAGGAUCCACCCUAACGUGUCAUGUGGAUGGCGCAUCCUGCCCGGGGAGUUUUAACAGGCGGACCGACUACAUAAAGGGUAAUAUCAUUGUUGAUUUCAAAACAGCCCGCAACGAAGACCAGGAGUGGGUGCCCAGCUUGUCAAUUCCCAGUACCAUGGGAGGAACAGGAAGUGAAGUUCAGAAACUUUCGAUCUACGACGACGACUGGGUGGAUGUAGAGUUAACCAAGGACUUCAUUCGCGAUGAUGCCUUCCUGGCUCGCCAAGAAUCUGCCCCAGAACAGCAAGUAACCAGGAAGGAAGUGUGGAGCGAUGAUGAGCUUGUUAUGAUGCCCGACCGUGCUUGCGCAUGGGAUCUUCAUCGCCGUCGGUGGGCACUUUGCGAUCUCGAACGCAUGCGUCCUGUUCCUACUGACGAUGGCUGGAAGAAUCUCAAAUUGCGGCCUGGUCACAAAAGAAUGCUCUACGCACAGGUGAAGCGCCAUUUUUCAGAUAGGAAGUCGAAAGAGGACGGAGAAAGCCAGCAAGUUGAUCCUGAUGUGGUCAGAGGAAAAGGAGAAGGCCUUAUCAUCUUGCUCCACGGUGAGCCGGGUGUAGGCAAGACGUCGACUGCUGAAUGUAUGGCGGCUUGGCUUGAAAGACCACUGUAUCCGAUCACCUGCGGUGACUUGGGAACAAGCGCGGAAGUAGUGGAAGACAAGCUAAAUCGUAUAUCCGCCCAGGCUGAGGCGUGGAAUUGCGUCCUGCUACUGGAUGAAGCCGAUGUCUUCCUUGCGGCGCGCAGCAAAACGGAGUUGGAAAGAAAUGCAAUUGUUUCAGGCUUAUUGUUCCUCACCACCAAUCGAGUGGGCUCCUUCGAUGAAGCCUUCGUCUCUCGCAUCCACCUGGCCCUCUACUACCCCGGGCUCAACAAAGGCCAGAACCACGCCAUCUGGGAAAUGAAUUUGGAAAAAGCCAAAGCGCGAAAGACGUCAUUGACCAUCGACAUGGACCCCAUCCUGGAGUGGGCUGAUGCAAACUGGGAGCAGAACAGUAAAUCCAGAACGCGCUGGAACGGGCGACAGAUCCGCAACGGAUGCCAAACUGCCAUCGCGCUGGCGGAAUUCGAGGCCGAAGAAACGUCCAAGCCGGUGUUCCUGCAGGUUAAGCACGUCCAGCAAGUAGCAGCUGCAUCCAAGGAAUUCUACGACUACGUCUCGCGGGUCCUCGGAGCUGACAUGGCGCAUCGGGCUUUUGUUGAACGCCUACGAUUAGACGACUGGCCGUCCAAUAUGCCAGCCGAUCGGGACUUGUACAGAGUAUCUUCCAACUAUAGCCCAUCGAUUCGGGCUCCGGAGGAGAUCACGUCGCCUCCGAGAAACCGACGUCGCGGCGGUGGCCGAGCAAAUGAUCUCAUAAGUAGCUCUGGUGGAGGAGGCGCUCCUCGAACCGCCAAUGUCCAUCAUCAGUGGCAAGCUGGUAGACAUGACGAAUUUGAUGAAUUGGCCUUCCAAUCGCCUCAGAGGCACCGGAUGCAGAGGACUCCAGAAACUACUGGGCGCGGCAUGUCGGACAUACAUGGCCUGCCAUAUGAUGAUGAGGAUGAAUUUCCUGAUGAUUUUGAGUAA